AAGCGCCACAUGUGGCCGUUAAAUGACCAAGUACACCGCCAAGAGCGUGGGGAGCAGACAGGCCCUUGUUCGCUCUCACACAGCCAGCACACGUCGUCGUCCCGCCGACUUUAGAAGCAUCCAUCUGUCCUAACCCCCAAGGACCUCGCUUUACAACCCCGACACUCCCAUCGAUCCAAGCAAACUGCGCUGUUGCGGUUCUCUUGCCAUAUUCCGCAUCCUCCGCGCGUCAUAACAAGCCACCCAUUACACCCCAAGAACAUCCGCCAUCAUGAACCCCGAAUACGACUACCUCUUCAAGCUCCUUCUGAUCGGUGACUCCGGUGUCGGAAAGUCUUGUCUGUUGCUCCGAUUCGCCGACGACACCUACACUGAGAGCUACAUCUCGACCAUCGGCGUUGACUUCAAAAUCAGAACCAUCGAGCUCGAUGGCAAGACAGUGAAGCUUCAGAUCUGGGACACUGCAGGCCAGGAGCGCUUCCGUACCAUCACAUCGUCCUACUACCGUGGUGCCCACGGCAUCUGCGUCGUCUACGAUGUUACCGACAUGGACUCGUUCAACAACGUCAAGCAGUGGCUGCAGGAGAUCGACCGCUACGCUACCGAGGGCGUUAACAAGCUCCUCGUCGGCAACAAGAGCGAUAUGACUGACAAGAAGGUCGUCGAGUACAACGUCGCAAAGGAAUUCGCCGACAGCCUCGGCAUUCCUUUCCUCGAGACUUCGGCCAAGAACGCAUCCAACGUUGAGCAAGCCUUCUUGACCAUGGCCCGCCAGAUCAAGGAGCGCAUGGGUAACACUACCGUCAACAACAAGCCUACCGUCCAAGUUGGUCAAGGUAGCACCGUCCAGAGCGGCAGUGCCGGCGGCUGCUGUUAAGCUCUUCGCCUCGAAACUCGAUACCCAGUCCGCUUCCGCCAUCGCACGACGAUACCUUGUACUCUCUUGAUCGUGCUUGUCUUUACGCCGAAGAUAUACGAAAACCGAUGAAAAAAACCGCCUGGUCGUCUUCCAUUGGACUUGUUAUGCUGGCCGAGAAGAGCAAUUGUCGUUUCUAGCUUUACAACGUUCCGAUCUUUAUUGCUCGCCCGCGCGUCUACCUAAUUGGAUUGCACAAGGUACAUGAAAGAGGAAAGGACACGACGAAUUGCGAG